AAUUAAAUUUGUAGCAGCGAAAUUUGUAUAAAAGUUGUUAUUGAAAUGUUACAAACCUAUCCCAUACUUUCAAAUUCAAUAGUUAACCUAUGGCAUCAGUCAAAUAAACUUCUUAGCCAUGGCACCGAUUUACAAAUUCAACGAAACUUUGCUGACAAGGGUAAAGAUAAAGAUGAUGGAAAAUUGCAAAAGUUAAGCCUGCAGGAUGUGGACGUGGUUGGCAAGCGGGUGUUUAUGCGCGUCGACUUCAAUGUCCCCAUGAAGGAAGGCAAGAUCACCAACAAUCAACGCAUUAUGGCGGCGCUGCCCAGCAUUAAAUAUUUGCUGGAGAAAAAAUCGAGAUCUGUGGUGCUGGCUUCCCAUUUGGGCCGUCCGAAUGGUAAAAAGAAUUCGAAAUUUUCAUUGAAACCCGUUGCCAAAGAACUGGAAAAGUUGCUAAAACGCCAAGUGAGCUUCAUUCCCGACUGUGUGGAUGAAUCGGUUUUGAAAGCGAUCCAGAAUCCGCCAGAGGGCACUCUCAUGUUACUCGAGAAUCUGAGAUUCUAUGCGGAGGAAACGGGCAGCAGCAAAGACAAAAACAAAAAAAAAGUCAAGGCCGAUCCUGUUAAGGUUAAAGCGUUUCGCUCUAAAUUGGCGAAAUACGGUGAUAUCUAUGUGAAUGAUGCCUUUGGCACAGCCCAUCGAGCGCACAGCUCGAUGAUGGGCGAGGGCUAUAAAGUGCGCGCUGCAGGAUUUUUGUUGGAUAAGGAGCUGAAGUACUUUGCCAAGGCGCUGGAUAACCCGAAGAGACCAUUCAUGGCCAUUUUGGGCGGGGCCAAGAUAGCUGACAAGAUCCCAUUAAUUAACAAUCUGCUGGACAAGGUGGAUCAGAUGAUUGUGGGCGGCGGCAUGGCGUUCACAUUUCUGAAGGUCAUGAAAAAUAUGGAAAUUGGCAAAUCGCUCUUCGAUGAGAAGGGCGCCAAGAUGAUCAAAGAUAUUAUGAAAUCGGCUGCGAAGAAGAAAGUGAAAAUUUUGCUGCCCGUCGAUUUUCGUUGCGCCAAAAAGCUGGACAAGGACUUCGGUGAGAUAAAGAACAUCGAUGUAAAGCAGGGCGUGCCCAAGGAUCAGAUGGGCCUGGACAUAGGCAAUAAAACGAUACAGCUAUUUGGCUCGGCCAUUGUGGAGGCCAAGACGAUUGUAUGGAACGGCCCACCCGGUCUCUUUGAGAACGAUAAAUUUGCCCUUGGCACCAAGGAGUUGCUGGACGCCGUCAUUUGUGCCACAAGGAAGGGCGCUACGACAAUCGUGGGCGGUGGCGAUACGGCCACAGCCUGCAAGAAAUUCGGCGGCAGCGACAAAGUCUCGCAUGUCUCCACCGGCGGUGGGGCGGCGCUGGAGCUGCUAAAGGGCAAGAAACUGCCAGGCGUAGCGGCAUUAUCAAAUGCCAAGAAGUGAUCG